AUGGCUCGCAAUAGUGUAAUGAAGAUGAUUAUUGAUGACUCUGAUUCUGAUAAUGAAUUGGAAAUAUUUGCAAUAGCUGCUUUGGAAGAAAAGCGGUUAAAUAAUGAGAGACAAUUGGGAUUACGUCGUGGUUCCAUUCAAGGUCAUGUAGUUAUUUAUCGUAAUCGAAUUCAAGGCCACAAGAGACUUUAUCAAGAUUACUUUUCUGAAAUGCCUACAUAUCCUCCCAAUUUAUUUAGGAGGAGGUUUCGGAUGAGUCGAUGUCUUUUUCUUCGUAUUUUAUCUAUGGUGGAAGCAUAUGAUCCUUAUUUUGUCCAGAAACAAGAUGCUGUUGGAAUUCUUGGUUUGUCUUCCCUUCAAAAGAUGACAACUGCUAUGAGGAUGCUCGCUUAUGGAGUAGCGGCCUAUUCUGUAGAUGAUUAUGUGAGGAUUGGAGAAAGCACUGCAAUAGAAAGUUUACAAAGGUUUGUUGAGGCAGUGGUUGCAAAUUUUUCAGAUAUGUACUUGAGGACGCCAAACAAAGAUGACAUUGCUAAAUUACUAGAGGUGGGAAAAAAUCGUGGGUUUUCUGGAAUGCUAGGGAGCAUUGACUGUAUGCAUUAG